AUGGCGGAAAUGAUACUUGCCACUCUAUUGAUCUUCGCUCUGUUCUUGAUACCGCUCGCCAUACAAUAUUUCUUGAAUCCUCCUAAGAUUCAUCCCAUCCUCAGCAUACCUGCAGAAUCUGUCUUCUUAACAAGCGCUUUCUUCCUAGUGUUCGCAAGUUCAGUUCAGUCCGGUUUUUUGCCCCCAAAACGCGCAACCGUGGACCGCAACCGGUCUAGGACCGACCCAGAUAUUGAGGGAACCGAACCGAACCACCUAGGACCGGUCUAUUGCGGUCUAUGGAGCCGGUUCAGACCGAUCCAGACCGGUUUUUUUGCGUAUAAUUUAUUAUACCAAUAUAAACCAUUUGUAUCUCAACUAUUAUUACUCUGA